UGCUGAGUAACAAUGACUCGCAAAUAUUUCCUGUUCAAACAAACAGCGUGACGUGACUGUUAUAAAACUGGAAUGUUUCAAGUAGUAAGAAAUUGGGGAACAGAAGCCCGUCGGUGGAAUUUGACCUUUAGAAAAAUAUCUGGUUGUAUUAUUACAGGGUUAAUGGCUAGCGAGAAUACCACAGGCGAUAUUUCAAGAAAUGGGAAUUCGACCAGCAGCAUCCAUUCGGACAGCAUUGCUGAGGUGCAUAACGUGCCGCUGAGAGUAAUCAUCCGACCCAUUCCGCCUGUACUGGAUGAGAAGAAAGUAGAAAGUCUGAUGGAGACGAUACGGGAUCCCGAAACGGCACACCAAGUUCCUCCCAUCGAUGUUCUGUGGAUCAAGGGGCAGAAAGGGGGGGAUUAUUUCUACUCAUUUGGAGGCUGCCAUCGCUUCGCAGCCCACCAGAGACUGUAUGUGGAGACGCUUCCUGCGAAAAUCGUCAAGUCAACUGUAUCAGAUUUACGUACUUACUUGGGAUCGUCAACCCCAGAUCUACAGUAAAACUCAAGGGAGCCGACCCUUACAGUACAGAAUGUUAACCUAUAUGUGAGGUUCAGGGGGCGGAGCUAGGCACCAACAACCUAUCAUCUGCUGUCAUCAAUUAAACCUACCUUAUUUAAACAUUAGUCACCUCUACUUCGCUGUCUUGUGUUUUUUCGUUUUUGGCUUAAACCUAAGCGAUUUCAAGACCCUUCUACUUUUGCGUACCUCAAUAAUGGAGUACUUACAGCAGUUGUCAUCGGAUUCUGAGGAUUCCCAGGAUUUUCUGUCAUUAACAGAUCAUUCUCCUUCAGCUUCAAUCCAGGGUCCAUCCAGUUUCCGUUUUUUCUCCCCUUCUGCUAUUUCAGUUACAUCUGAUCAGGCUCCUGAUCAGGCUCUCGACCAGGUUUCAAUUCAAAUGUUGCCUACCGCUCCUGCCACCCAAACAUCGAAUCUGCGGCGAUCCAAGCGUCUUCGGCCUCAGGACGCCCCUCCGGAUCGAUUGUUUUGGAAGGACUGGCCCAUGAAUAAAUUGAUAAAAACCCUCCUUAAAAAUGGUCCUGAGUCCUGCUGUACAGAACAUCUGAGUCCUGCUAUACAGAACGUGAGUCCUGCUGUACAGAACGCCUGAGCCCUGCUGUCCAGAACAUCUGAGUCCUGCUGUACAGAGCGUGAAUCCUGCUGUUCAGAACAUCUGAGUCCUGCUGUUCAGAACAUCUGAGUCCUGCUGUACAGAACAUCUGAGUCCUGCUAUACAGAACGUGAGUCCUGCGGUACAGAACGCCUGAGUCCUGCUAUACAGAACGUGAGUCCUGCUGUACAGAACGCCUGAGUCCUGCUGUACAGAACAUCUGAGUCCUGCUAUACAGAACGUGAGUCCUGCGGUACAGAACGCCUGAGUCCUGCUAUACAGAACGUGAGUCCUGCUGUACAGAACAUCUGAGUCCUGCUGUACAGAACGUGAGUCCUGCUGUACAGAACAUCUGAGUCCUGCUGUACAGAGCGUGAGUCCUGCUAUACAGAACGUGAGUCCUGCGGUACAGAACGUUUGAGUCCUGCUGUACAGAACGCCUGAGUCCUGCUAUACAGAACGUGAGUCCUGCUGUACAGAACGCCUGAGUCCUGCUGUACAGAACGUGAGUCCUGCUGUACAGAACAUCUGAGUCCUGCUGUACAGAACAUCUGAGUCCUGCUGUACAGAACGUGAGUCCUGCUGUACAGAACAUCUGAGUCCUGCUGUACAGAACAUCUGAGUCCUGCUGUACAGAACGUGAGUCCUGCUGUACAGAACGUUUGAGUCCUGCUGUACAGAACGUUUGAGUCCUGCUGUACAGAACGCCUGAGUCCUGCUAUACAGAACGUGAGUCCUGCUGUACAGAACGCCUGAGUCCUGCUGUACAGAACAUCUGAGUCCUGCUAUACAGAACGUGAGUCCUGCGGUACAGAACGCCUGAGUCCUGCUAUACAGAACGUGAGUCCUGCUGUACAGAACAUCUGAGUCCUGCUGUACAGAACAUCUGAGUCCUGCUGUACAGAACGUGAGUCCUGCUGUACAGAACGUUUGAGUCCUGCUGUACAGAACGUUUGAGUCCUGCUGUACAGAGCGUGAGUCCUGCUGUACAGAACAUCUGAGUCCUGCUGUACAGAACAUCUGAGUCCUGCUGUACAGAACGUGAGUCCUGCUGUACAGAACGUUUGAGUCCUGCUGUACAGAACGUGAGUCCUGCU